UUUAGGUUAAAAAUGGUUAUGAUUUAAAUCAACAAGGAUGAUUAUUUAUCCAAUUCAGCCGAAUGACUUUCAUACUAGAUGAUUUUUAGAAUAUCUUGCCCCUUUUCAAGGUCCACUUAACCAUAAUGUUUCGUAAUCUGAUAACAUUAUUAGCAUUAUCUAUAUGGAGAAUAGGAUAUUAAUACAUGAUUUGGAGGAAAUGAGUUCCCCAAGAGAUUGGAGGAAGGCUUUAAAAAAACCUCCGGCGUAUAGGAUUAUAAAUCGAACGUUUGGUUUCAGAAACAAACAGUAUUUCUACAAGAUGAUGUCGUAUAUCGGAAUAGCUUCCUUGGUGUGUUUACUUGUGGUUUAUUACAUUCCAAGCUGGACAGGUCUUUCAGGCUCUAGCAAUUUCAACAAUACGUACCCUAUAACUGCCCCAGUAAAAGCAAAUGACGUGUACACUUACAGAAUAGGUAUAAUAGCGGAUCUCGAUACAGAUUCCAAGCAUGAAAAGGAAAAGAAUACAUGGUAUUCUCUAUUCAAAAAAGGUUUCUUAAGUUAUGAUGCAAAAACCCAAAAUAUUGUUGUGUCCUGGGAUUCAACAGGUCCAAUAACCUUGAAAAACAGCUAUGCACUCAAAGGUAGAGGAAUGGAACUUUCAGAACUUGUAGUUUACGAUGGAAGAUUAUUGACAUUCGAUGAUAGAACUGGAAUUGUUUAUGAAAUUGUUGGGGAUAAUAUUAUCCCCUGGGUGUUGUUGAUGGAUGGAAAUGGGAAAAAUGCAAAGGGCUUCAAAACUGAAUGGGCAGCUGUGAAGAAUGAAAAAUUAUACCUGGGUUCCAUGGGCAAAGAAUGGACCACUGCUACUGGUGAAUUCCAGAAUUACAAUCCCAUGUGGAUUAAAGUAGUCCACAAAAAUGGGGCUGUCAAACAUGUAAAUUGGGUUGAUCAAUACAAAAAUCUACGUAAAGUCCUCGGAAUAGAAUGGCCUGGAUAUAUGAUACAUGAGAGUGGUUUAUGGUCAGAAAUUCAUCAAAAAUGGUUUUUCCUCCCCAGAAGAUGCAGUAAAGAACCGUAUGAUGAAGUAGCAGAUGAAAGAAGAGGCUGUUCAGUUUUAAUUAGUGCUGAUGAUUCUGUCUCAACAGUCAGAAUUGUCAAGAUUCCCAAUGAAUACAUCACUAGAGGCUUCUCCAGCUUCAAAUUCCUACCAAAUACAAAUGACGAAGUUAUUGUUGCUUUAAGAACAGAGGAACUGGAAGGCAAAACAAGAACUUUCUUCACUAGCUUUACUAUACGUGGCCAAGUACUAGUCGACGACUUAUUCAUUGCUGAUACUAAAUAUGAGGGACUCGAAUUUAUAUAGUACCAAACAUGUAUAUGUUACCAAUUUUAAGUGAAAAAAUAUUUUUUAAAUAGAAGUAUUUUUUUAUAGAA